AUGUCGCGGUCGGCUGCGACAAGGAAUCUUACCCUGACUGAAGAGCUCGAAAAGCUCGAACAGUCAAUUACGCUGACGCUCCAGGAGAUUGACUCCAACUUUAGCAAGGCGCAUCGCAUUGUCACCAGCAGCAUCUUGCCUCUUGUCGAACAAUAUGGUGAACAUUCCAAGAAUGUCUGGGAGGCUUCCAAGUUUUGGAAACAAUUCUUUGAAGCUUCAGCCAAUGUCUCGCUUUCUGGUUACGAAGAGCUAGCCAACGACGAAAAUGCAACCGAAGCGACUGGCAACGAUGAAACAACGCGGAUCGAGGACACAACCGCAUCAGAGGAUUACACACAAGAGGAUCAUGGAGAGGACGAUGUCACGGCCGACCAAUCUGCAUACGCCGAACAGUCCCAGCACCGCGAUGUCGAGGAUUCCCUGCUCGAUGACGGCUCGCUGGCUGGCAGCACUCCCCGACCGCCUGCCACAAAGUCCAUGAAGACAAUGCAGUUUGCGGAGAUGGAUAAUUCCUACGAGAACUUGCGCCGGGAACUCAAAAACGAGACUGACGGUGCCGGUCGUCAUGGUUUCCCUCCCGAGGCUGACGAAGAUGACGAGGAUGAAACUGUCGAGCUCCCAGAUAUGGUGACGCAGACCAAGUUGCCAGAUAUGUCUAUGAACCUGGGAUCAUCACUCAUGCUGGAAGCCCCCACGCCGAACAAAGGCAACAACAAGGAUCCAUUGCUACACAGACUGUUGGACAAGAACUAUAGGAUACAAGCCACGCCGCAUAAGCUGACUCCGGCCAAGCUGCCUGUCGGCAAAGCAACUGCAGGAGGAUUACAGGACAUGGAUGCCACACGACGUGCCUUGUGGCAAGACAGCCCGAUGAGCUCACCCGAGAUUGCGGCUCCGACACUCCGGACAAAUCUCUAUAGCGCUGCAUCGCCGCUCAAACGCAGGGGCUUGGCACGAGGACUAGGCGAUGGUCCACGAACACCAGGAGUAAGCGUGCAAACGCCCGGUGCAGCAUCCAAGACGAGGGACGUUUUUGCCGACGAAAAAGGAAAGAGAAAGAGGGAUCCAGAUGAGAUUGACUGGAGCGACGAUGACGAGACAGACGAAGUGUUCAAGGGCAUGAGCCCACCCAAAACCAUCCAGUUUGCCUUGCCGCCAAGUAAGCUUAUGCAGACACCCGCACGCGAGGCCAGCAAACGCAUUGUAGACGACAUACUUCUCACGGCCGGUGCAGCGCCACAGUAUCUCGAAGAGAGCGAGGAGUAUAGCCCAACCAUGGUCAAGAUGAACAAGGACAUUUUGGACGAUUCGUUUUAA